GCCAAACGUCAUACUCGCCCGCUAGCGCACGGGGGCUGGACAUCAAGUGAUGGCCGGUCCUAGUCUUGUCGCCGAAAUGAGCACCGAUCGCGGCCACGAAGUUAAUCCUGCAGACCAUCCACCAACCACCACCGGCGGGCGCCGACAUGCUCGAUGGACCCGCGACCGGCAUAGUCACCCCUUGCAUGGUCGCCGCGGAUAACAUUCACCGCUGGCUUCCCAUGGAGGCCUGGCUGGCUUUGUACGCGGUGCUCGAGCAAAGUCAAAAAAGUCCGCCGCGCGACCACCUUCUCAUUGGCCGGCCGGCCCAACGUGGAGAAGUAUACAGCGCCUUGCACGUCUUCAUCCAUGAGCAAUGCGCUGCUCAUCAAGGCACCUCAGCUCGACGGCCCGGCCAAAGUCCCCGGGAGACUUUGAGGAUUGAGCUGGCUUGCACUCUAGUUUUGCAGUAUAUCAAGGGCGAUGCUGCCUCCGUCCUUCGUCUUUUCACCUUCCCCCCUUUCCCAUCAGUCAAUCCUCCUUUCCAACCUUGGUUAACUGAUACCACUCUCGGCCUUCUUCUUUCCAAUUUGUCCCUUCCCGCCUUUUCCGAGCCUGCUCGGGUUGCCAUCCGGCCUCCAUCUUUCCAAUCCAUCCUAUAUACACCCAUCGAACCUACUGUCGAGUAUGUGGAUGCGUACGAGCUAAGCCCCUGCCCGAUGUUCCCCCACUUGUUUCGGAUCAAGCAUCACGGCAUUUUUCAAGAAUCAUCCGUCGCGCAAGACCUGGCUGCAGCCGGGAACGAUGGUUAUUCGAGCCAACAGGAUGGCGGCGGCGUCGGCUCCAACCAGCAGUUCGGACGGAAAAUGCUCCUGAGCGGAUACCUGUGGAUCCGCUGCGACUGGGAGAGGUCGCUACUCCCGCGGUGGGCGGCACCGGCGUGGCUGCGGGGUGGCGUCCCAUAUAAGGCAAAGCCCGGCUUUGGAGUUGUCCGUCUCCCGCUCCCAGCUUCCAACGUCUGCAGAGAACGAUCGUCUCUUGAUCGAUAUGAUCGGUCUUUGACCCGCGGGCGAGCUUUCCACCUUUCUACGCGUACGGCUUCAAAGCCAAGGAGCAAGGGCAGACGUGGGUGGCGGUACACUUCCGUGUCUGGCCCCUGCUGGCUCCAAAAGCCACGUGCGACCCGUUCCCUCGACGUAACGAUUCACCAACAAGGGAGAAGCCCCUGCAACUACGGCAAGCGAAAACGCGCUCGUCAAGUCCUGGGGCGCGGCAACAAAGGGCGGAGCCUGACCGAGUCUCCAAUACGCCCAAAUGGAAGAGAAUGGCGACCCGACCGCGCGCGCCGGGGGGCGAGGAGGAGGAAGGUGCUAUGGGCCAGCGAUCCGAUACCACCUCCGGGAUCCACCCUGGUUGCUAUUAUCUACGCCUUGAGCGACCCCGCGUCAUGGACUACUCGCCGACCACCGAUCGGGGCGUGUCGCAUCACCUUCAACCGCCGUCGAGUCAACGCGGGGUACGUCCGCGUCAUUCCGCCCUAUCUUAGCUUUGACGCCUUCGAUGACGAGUGCGACGAGGCCAAGAAGAAACUGCCGGUCCCGGACAAGAAGGUGCUCGCCAAACAAGCCGACAAGUUGGCGAAACGGUGGCACGCGGAAAAGGCGCAGGUAGUCCUCGACCCGGCCAAAUGGGCGCGGCAAAAUCGAGCUGUCGUUCAGGAUUCGGACGGGGGUUCUCCCUUGUCGGCUCCCGCGUCCGAGGGAGAGUCGGAACUGGGUCGGUUCCAGGAGCCGUACCUGCCAUUGGAUAGCAAAUUCGACAGGACUAUGCAGUGUUCGCUAGCCCUAGAGUUUCUAUCCAAUGCGGCUCCUGGAGAACGACCCACGUUCGUGUACGGGUCAAUGUCGUCUGACGAGGACGAGGAUGAGGAUGAGGUGCCACCGCUUCCGAGGAACAGACGGAGGGAGGAGGCGCUUCUCGAUUACGAGUCUGAUUCCGACCUGGAAUAA